UGGAAACCGACCUCUUUGUAUCAGAACACAACGGAAGCGGGCCAAAACUCAUUCAUAGAUUUUGCAUCCCCUAAGUAACUCCCCUGCCAUCGACCACGCUAGACUAAGAUAUGCAUUUCCCGGGGGUCCUGCGAAAGAUACGUAGGCAGCCCAUUUUGAUCUCAAUCUUCUUCCUCAACAUCCUGGUGUUUUCCCUAUACUUCACAAUCUAUCAAUAUGGCACCUUCUCCACACCACUCGCUUCCUUCAAAGGAAACAACAUUAAGGCGUACAGCUCGGAAUCCAAGGCACCAAAGAAACAGGCUCCUUCGAUGUCAAGCUUAUUGGACAAGUUGGCCUACAUCAAGGAUGACUCCAUCGAGACAAUGACAAAUACACUUUACAGAAAGUUGUUCAGCCCAGAGAUAGCCAACUCUAAUUGGAGGUUUGUCGAUCAUUUUGUGAACUCCAAGAUUGGCCUUGAUAUUGCUCGAACCUUCUCUUACGUUAAAUUAAGGAAAACCCAGCAUUUGUAUGAUCCAAGGAUAACCAUGACAGUUUAUCUCAACUACCUUCACGACGAAUACAAAAAAGGAUCAAACAAAAUACCGUUUUCUUGGGAAGACUGGACCGAUCUGUCUGUCCUCAACUCCUACUUGGGCGUUGAAAAUUCCACCUGCUACUCCUUUUUCCACAGUCAUGACAUCGACUUGGAUUAUACUUUUGAAGCAAACAAAUCUUCUUUGACCUAUUUUGACAAAACACACUGUUUAGAUAACGAAGAAUAUUUGGCUACCCCAGAUGGGGAGUUUAAAGAUCCGGAAUUGCUUCCGGGGUUCAAUUUCAACGGGCAGAUCAAUGAAAAAUCGGAUUUUAUUGGUCAACUCCAUAAUGCCAAAUCUUACCUCCUGUCUGCAGCUCCUCCCCCUACGUUAAUCUACUUUUUACACGAUAAUGGUACUUACCACAAGGUAGAACCCUACCCAUCAUCGUCAAUGAUGAGAAAUGGAAUGUUUGACUCUUUUGUAAGGAAGAACUCGUUCCAGGGUUUUGACCCUAUCGCAGAGUUGGAGAACUUGAGCCCAAAGCGUCUUCUCAAACAUCAAAGUGAUUUCAAGUCAGCAAUGGUUAGCGCCAACUCAUACGAAUUAAGUAUACCAGAGUCAAGAUUUGCUCUUAACACUGAUGAAAUGUUCCAUUAUUUGUAUGCGAAAAAGAAAACGUCCUUGGACACAAAUGAAAAGAAAUUUUUGGAAGCCAUAGACUUCUCAAAAGCUACCAAAGUUGAAGACGCACCUAAGUAUUUUCACGAAGUUAAUGUCAAGUGGUAUGCCAAAUAUAAGGGCCAUGAAAUCAAAGAAAAUGGUGCUCAUUAUGAUUUCAGAUUUUUUUCGGGUUUCAUAACGGAAAUGCCAAGUGAGGAAGCAACAGUACAUUCUCCUGAAUACAAUGCCGCUACCCCAGUCAACUACACUUUAUCCAUCGACAAUACGAUUAACCGUCAAACCAUAAUUUUGUCUCAUAUGGUCCAUACUCUUUUCACUCUUACAUUUCAUGAUGGACUUUUCAUGUUCCCAGCUCACGGCUCUUUACUUGCAUGGUAUUUUACUUCGAUGUCUUUUCCUUAUGAUGAGGAUGAAGACGUUCAGAUGCCAAUUGCAGAUUUGGCUGAAUUUUGCUUAAGAUAUAAUGAUUCCUUAAUUGUCCAAAACCCAAAAUAUGGCAUGGGUAAGUAUUACGUGGAUUGCUCCAGUAGUUUAACUCACAGAGGUAAGGGUCUAGGUAGCAACAAUAUCGAUGCUAGAGUUAUUGACGUUGAUUCAGGUAUGUAUGUGGAUAUUACAGGCUUGAGUGUCUCAAGUGACCAAUUGAAUUACGAAAAUCUUCACAAAUUCGAAGGCUGGAUCCCUCAACAAGCUAUAGAUAGUUAUCCUUUGGAACCAAAACAAAAAAGAGAAUUGGACUCUCGUGACGACGAGAAAAAAGAUGAGAAGGAAGAUGAGAAGAAAGACGAGAAGAAAGACGAGAAGAAAGACGAGAAAGACGAAAAGAAAGACGAAGAGAAAGAAGAACCAGUACACAAGCCGACUGAUGAGGAAAUAUACAAUAUCCAUAAGGAAAAUAAACUUUACAAUUGUAGAAAUGACCAUUUCUAUACACUCGACCAGCUUUCUCCGGCACGAUUAACCUUGUUUGAAGGAGCACCAACUUUUGUUGUUGCUUCUAAUAGAUCCUUACUUGAGGUCAUGGAGACAGAGUAUGGAAAAAAAUCUCACGGGAAUCCAGAAUGGAGAAACUGGUUAUUUGUUGAUUUGCUAAGAAUGUGGGUUAAUACAGAUGACAUAAAAUCUGCGUGCGAUGAGCUGAGAAGAGCCACAAACACUACUAAAGAAGACAACGUUUCUCCAAAUGAAUGCUUUAAUCGUAAUACGACAUUUAUUCUUUCUGAGCUAGUCAAGAACUCUAUUUAUGAUGUCACGCUCCAAGAUUUCCUUGCAUAUAAAGAUAAAAAAAGACCGGAUUUUAACUUGUUACAAGAGUUGUAUCGUGAUAAUCCUUACACAGGGGCUCAUGUUCGUGAAAUGCAACAAUUUCAUGGGAAAUGGGAAUGGAGCACUCCUUACAUUGAUGACCGUGCCAAUAUUUCCACUGAGUGGGAAAAUUUGGCAGGUUGGAUGUUAGAAGAUCAUCCCCCUCCUAAAAUUGCCAUGUUAGAUUACCUUCUAUUUACCGAACAAGAGGACCAUGGUCUAAACAUAGAACUUUCCUAAAAUACCAGAAUUAGGGCACAGCGCCAACCAGCAUCACAAUCGUUAUUAUUUUACCCCGCUUAACCUUAAUAAUUACCAACUCUCUCGCAAGUUUUUCCUACUAAUACUUCUUAUGUAUAAACAUAUUUAAUUUCAUUCCUUUCUAAUGAAAACUC